GAGUUUGGGGUGACCGACUUCUCGGCUAGCGACUCCGUGGACGACUUACUGGCGCGGGAAUACUGGGCCCUGGAUUUCUGCGCGGUGUACUGGGUCUCUGCAUUAUUGCGUUGGUGUUUUUUGGAUACCGAGUUUCUGAACCUCUGAACUUCUGGACUUCUGGACCGUUGAACUUCUGGAUUCUUGCGUACCCCCAUCUGGAUUUCUGCAUAUCUGGGUACUGGACUUCUGGGUGCUCCGAUACGUUGACUUCUGGACACUUCGAGUUGCACACUUCUGGACACCGACCGCCACCUACUGCCGCCGCGAUGCCAACCUACCUCGUGCGCCUAGCGCAGAUUCAUGAGAGCUUCCGGCUGGCGGAGUUGCAUGCGCUAGCUGAGCUCGCGGGGGUCGACAAGGAGAUGGAGAUCUUGCGGUAUGAUGAUGAUUCACCCUACUGCCUCAUCUCCCUCCCUUCCGACACUGCCGCCACCCAAAUCGCCACCCGCGCCAUGCUCAUCCAAGGUAUCUACGAACUCUGGGGCGAAGGCCCCGACUACGCCGCCCUGCACGCCAACAUCAAGACCACAACAUCUCACCAAUGGGACCGCUACGCCAACUCAACCUUCAGCUUCCGCGUCGAGCGCUACCGCGGGCUGCAACCGCCCGCGGCCCAAAUCGCCGCCACCAUCAACUCGUUCGCGUACCUGGGCUUCAAAGGCAAAGUCCAGAUGAAAGACCCCGAAGCCAAGUUCCGCGUCUUCGAGUUCUACACCCUCGACGGCAAGGAGCCCACGUACGUGUACCUGGGCCGCCGCGUCGCCGAGUCCGGCCGCGACGCGAAGAGCACGUACGACCUCAAGAAGCGGCACUACAUCAGCACCACCAGCAUGGACGCCGAGCUCGCGCUGCUGACGGCCAACAUCGCGCUCGCGGGCCCGGGCAAGCUGUUCUACGACCCGUUCAUGGGGACCGGCGGGUUCCCGCUGGCGUGCGCGCACUACGGGGCCGUGGUCACGGGGUCCGAUAUCGACGGGCGCAGUAUCCGGGGGUCGGGCGGGAGUGCGCGGCGCGGGCAGACGGGGCCGAAGAACGUGGGCAUGAAUUUCGAGCAGUAUGGCACGCAGGGGCUGUAUCUGGGCGGGUUUGUGUCGGAUCUGACGAACACGCCGCUGCGGCUGCACGGGCCGGCGGCGGGCGACGGACAGGCGGGCAGAAAUGCAGAGGUGGCGCCGUAUCUCGACGGCAUUGUGUGCGACCCGCCGUACGGGAUCCGCGAGGGCCUCAAGGUGCUGGGCACGCGCGACCCGCUGCAGCCCGAAGAGCGCGCAAACCACGCCGCGACGUGGCAGACCGCGGGGUAUCUCCCGCCCAAGCGGCCGUACAGUUUCACCGCGCUGCUCGACGACAUCCUCGCCUUCGCGGUGCUCACCCUGGUCCCCGGCGGUCGGCUCAGCAUGUGGCUCCCGACCGCGAACGACGCAGACGUCGCGCUGAUCAUCCCUUCGCACCCGUGCCUCGAGCUGAAGAGCGUGUGUGUGCAGCCGUUCAACAAGUGGUCGCGGCGGCUGCUGACGUACCGACGGCUCGCGGACGCGGAGGUGGAUCAAGAAGCUCUCGCGGCGCUGAAGGCGGCGCAAAGGGAGUACGAGACGGGGACGCGGGCGAGUGACUUGAACGAGUUCCGGCGCAAGUACUUUGAUGGGUUUCGCGGGUUUGAGGAUAUGAAGAAGGAGUUUGUCCGGAUGAAGGUGGAUGCGGGGAUUAAGCAGGCGGAGGCGGAGGCGGAGGCAGAACUCAUUGCGGAGACACAGGAAUCGGCGGGGGAGAAGGCGCAGACGGCGAAGCAGGAGGUGGAGGAUGCAGUAAAAGCUGAGGAGGCUGCAGCGGCGAAGGCGGAGGAGCUGAAUAAGCGUUUUGGAGUUGAGGGGGCGACGUGAGAC